GACCGAAGGUGGUGGUAUAUGUAGGUAGAGCAGUAAUGGAAGGGUUAUUAAAGACCCCAAGGUUAAUAGAGCUGGGAGAUAGAUUUAGAUUUAAGGCAUUGGCUACGGUGGUAUGAAUGUAGGUAUUAGUACUGGCAUCAUCGAGAAGCACAAUUCCUUCAUAUUGACAGGAAGGGAAGUCUGGAUUAAAAAUCGUGGUUCGAACACAUUUUAGCAAAAUUGGUCGGUAAUUGCUUGUAGGGUUAGUAGAAGAGUUUGUUUGUUGAUUGGGUUCUAAGUUAGGUGGAGGAGGUGGAUGGUAGUCAUUAAUUUGAGUGUAAGGUGCGGAUUGAGAGAAAUGGCAAUCGGGCGUUGGCUUGGGCUGUUGGAAAUUUGGCAGUCUCGUGGGAUGUUGGUAUUGGCGAGGGUUUUCGUUUCCAGUAUUACGGUAGGUGUGCGGAGGUCGUUGGGGAGGCCUUGGUAUAAAUUGAGAUUGGGAGGAUAG